CUGAGGGGACUCUUAGUGUCACCCGCCCAUCUAGUCACCCUAGCUGCUGGCCCCAAAGUAACCAUGGGGGAAGGCACACCAACAGGCUAUGUAAGUUGCCAUAAUGUCUCAAAGGAACAAUGAAACAGGACAUAUCUUAUGCAUGCUUCAACCCCUGUGAUGACUGUCAUCCUCUAACUACCUUGUCUUCAGCUCAGGAACCAGGUGUGGGGUUAAGCAAGCCUCAUGGAGACAGAGGAACAGACUAAGAUCUGGGAUAUCUGGGGACCGGGCUCCACCAAGUAGGAGCCACGGCUGGAGAUGGUGGUAGAAGGGACCAGCAGAAUGGAUAAAAGGUGCCACCUCUACAUUGUGACUCUCGCUAGCUCGCCUCAUUAUGACCUGGCUCCCUUACCAGCUUGUAGUGAUCUCCAGGGAUUGGCAUGAGUGCAGUGUGGGUUGGGGCCGGGAGUGGGGGUGGAGGGGGGUGGCCCAGGUGGCCCUAGGACCCCCCCCUCCAUGGAAAACCAGCUAUGGCAUAACACCCUGGGAUGUUGCAAUCAAUAUCAAGAAAACCCCCACGAUGCCGAGGACAUCUUAUUCCUGCUGCUGGGCCUCAUCGUUCUUGUCAACAUUGGCAUCAACGUGACAACUAUGAUGUGGCAUGGACUCCAGAACGCCUUAGACAAGAUGAUUGAUUGGACUACUCAGAAAAAUGAAAUUCAGGCCAGCGAAAGUCCCCCCAGUGGUCCCCCAGACAAGGCUCAGGACGUCCACAUCCACUGCAUCCUGGACCCUGUGCAGGUGAAGAUGGCCCGACCCACACGGUACUCCUCUUUCUCCUGCCACCGUUUCUCCAGCCAUCACAGCAGCAGUCUUUGCUGUCUUCAUCAUCGCCGCCGCCGCCGCCACCGCCCCCACGCCCGCCGUGGUCGCCGUCACUGCUGCAACCACCAGCAGCAGUCGCAGAACUACAGACAAAUCCCCCAUAGCCGCUCAGUCUUCCAUCACCCACAUCGCAGCCAAAAGAUGUCACAACGACGCCGAGUGCCCUUCUUUGAUCAGGAGGACCUGGAUUCCUACUUGGAGGAGCAGGACAACCUGCCCUUCCCGUAUCCCAAGUACCCACGUCGCGGCUGGGGUGGGUUUUAUCAGAGAGCCGGUCUGCCCUCCAGUGUGGGACUGUGGGGCCACCAGGGUGGUAUCCUGGCCAGUCUGCCACCACCCUCUCUCUACCUGUCACCUGAGCUACGCUGCAUGCCCAAGCGUGUAGAGGCCAAGUCUGAGCUGAGGCUGCAGUCCUAUGGGCCCCACGGUUCCCAGUCCCGACUGUGGGGCAAUGUGGAGGCUGAGCAGUGGGUCUCGUCUCCACCACCUCCCCGCCAGCUGCCCCCUAACCCCGCUUGGGUCCCCAGGGGACACAGCCCUUACCCCUCAGUGGGCCGGACACUGUAUGACUCCUGGGAUCAGCGGCGGCGUGGCAUGGAGGGCUUUGAGCGCCCCCCUAACUUGGUGUCCCGGAACGCCCGGCCCGAGGCCCAGGGCUGCCGGGAGCACCACUCCCCACAGUCCCACCAGCGGAGUCUGCUUGGUCACACUCACGGCCAGUCCCACCGCAGCCCCCAGCCAUCCACGGAACCCUUGGGCUACAGCUCCCGGGAACCCCAUGAAGUGCAGCGCUGGGCAGCCGACGGGGCUGAGGCUCUGCCCGCCCGGCGUCCUCUGACUACCUCUGCCUCUCUCACGGUGUUGGGCGAGGCCUCCCACCAAUGGACCCCAGCUCCAGGCUCAGUACGGGUUCCCCAUUCCUCCAAGCCCCGGCCCAAAGUCCAGGUUGCAGAUCCUGCCCCACCCCCGACCAUGUUCGUCCCACUCAGCCGGAAUCCAGGGGGCAAUGCCAACUAUCAGGUGUACGACAGUCUGGAGCUGAAGCGGCAGGUGCAGGAGAGCGGAGCCAGGUCCAGCUCACUGCCACCGGCUUCCACCUCCUCCUCAAGGCCCUCUCUGCACAGGAGCCAGACCGGGAAACUCAACUGAGCAGCAGGGGGAUAUGGGGCACGGGGCAGGGCAUGGAGAGAGAAGAAUAAAGGGAAACAGAGUCCA